GCCAAUCAUAGUUGGAAAUGUCAGCCGCCUUCCGCUUCCGCACAUCGACGGCGUUGGCCAGUUCAAUCAGUUCACACCCCGACGAAUAAUACGAAGACCUGGAAGUAACAUAACUGAGCCAUGGCUUCCCGGGCAGGACCGCGUGCAACGGGCACAGAUGGCAGUGACUUUGAACACAGGGAGCGAGUGGCCUCACACUACCAAAUGAGCGUGGCUCUGAAGUCUGAAAUCCGUAAACUCAACAUCGUCCACUUGCUGAUCUGGAUGCUAAUGGCCGCUCAGGUGACAGUGAGCCAUCUGAGUCUGGUGUCCCACAAAACAAUCGCUUCUCCAUACCAGUGGGAGUACCCGUACCUCCUCAGCGUUAUUCCCACCGCCUUCAGCUUCAUGGCUUUGCCACGUAACAACAUCAGCUACCUGGUCAUCUCCAUGAUCAGCGCUGGGCUUUUCUCCGUGGCGCCGCUCAUCUACGGCAGCAUGGAGAUGUUCCCGUUUGCUCAGCAGCUGUAUCGACACGGCAAAGCCUACCGUGUCAUCUUUGGUUUCUCGGCGGUGAUGGUCAUGUAUCUGGUGAUCGUCAUUUCCGUGCAGGUGCACGGCUGGCAGAUCUACUACAGCAAGAAGCUUCUGGAUCAGUGGUUCACCAGCACGCAGGAGAAGAAGAAGAAAUAAGUUCACGCAGAGCAUGCGGAGAUUGUCUCUGUGACCUUGGGAAAACAAACUAAGAAGAGGGAUUUGAGUCCAGAAAUGAACUGCAUAUGGGGGGAUGAUUGAGUAAUUGGUUGGUGGUGGACUGAUGCAUCCCAAUCUGAGGCAAGACUCCGCCAAAUGUUGUUAUCCUUUUUAACCCUUUGCAGUUUAUUUGCAUUGUUUUCGUCCAAACAUUCAUUCCCUAAGUCUGCUGCUUUUGAUGCAUACUUGAAACCUUCUGGCAUUUCAUCAUUAGCUAACUAUAAUAAAUUCUUAACAACC